UGAAGAGGUCAAGGGGGGGGGUUCAUUUCCUGACAACUAUUUACUUUGAGCAAAUGAUUAGUUUUAGAAGGAUGGACUAUAACAUUGAAUCAAUUACAAAACGCGGUUUUUGAGCCCAUUACAGUUUGGGAGCUAGAAGGAGAGAAAACAGAAACUUCAGGAGGAGGGCUGGAGGCCUUGGGCUUACUUUGGGCUCCAUGCAAAGGGCCCUCCUUGCAGAGUGACACGGGAGGAGAAGUUUUCCAGAGCGAUGGGGACUCCCCACGCGUCCUUCCUGGUCCUCCUCAGCUGUCUCCUCACAGGGCCGAGCCUCAUCCCCUGCCAGCGCUUGUUGCCCUCCCUCCUCCCCAACGAGAGCGAGAAGGUCGUGCACCUCAAUUCAUCCUUUUCUCUGCGGUGCUUCGGGGAGAGUGAAGUGAGCUGGCAGUACCCCACGUCUGAGGAAGAGGACCCCAAUGUGCAGAUCAGAAACGAGGAGAACAACAGUGGCCUCUUUGUGACGGUGCUGGAGGUGAUCCGCGCCUCGGCCAUCCACACGGGCCUGUAUUCUUGCUAUUACAACCACACACAGCUAGAUGAGGGCGAAUUUGAAGGCAGGCACAUUUACAUCUACGUGCCAGAUCCGGAUGUGCCGUUUGUGCCUCUGGGGAUGACCGAUCACUUAGUCAUCGUGGAGGACGACGAUUCUGCCAUCAUACCCUGUCGCACCACGGAUCCCGAGACACCCGUGACCUUGUACAACGAGGGCAGGCUGGUGCCCGCCUCCUAUAACAGCAGACAGGGGUUCAACGGGACCUUCAGUGUGGGCGAGCCCUAUGUCUGUGAGGCCACCGUCAAAGGGAAGACGUUCCAGACCAUGAAAUUUAACAUUUACGCUUUGAAAGCAACAUCAGAACUGGAUCUAGAAAUGGAAGCUCUUCAAACUGUGUACAAGUCAGGCGAGACGAUCCUGGUGACCUGUGCUGUCUUUAACAACGAGGUGGUCGAUCUCCAGUGGAUUUACCCUGGAGAAGUGAAAAACAAAGGCGUCACCAUGCUGGAGGAAAUCAAAGUCCCAUCCAUCAAAUUGGUGUACACUUUGACGGUCCCCAAGGCCACGGUGAAAGACAGCGGGGAUUACGAAUGCGCCGCCCGCCAGGCCACCAGGGAGGUCAAAGAAAUGAAGAAGGUCACCAUUUCUGUCCAUGAGAAGGGCUUUGUUGAGAUCAAGCCCACCUUCGGCCACCUGGAAGCUGUCAACCUGCAUGAAGUGAGACAUUUUGUGGUGGAGGUACAGGCCUACCCCCCUCCCCGGAUCUCUUGGCUGAAGGACAACUUGACUCUCAUUGAGAAUCUUACUGAGAUCACCACCGAUGUGGAAAAGACUGGAGAAAUCAGGUACCGAAGCAAGUUAAAACUUAUCCGGGCCAAGGAAGAGGACAGUGGCCAUUACACCAUCAUCGUUCAAAAUGAGGAUGACAUGAAGAGCUAUACUUUUGAGCUGUUAACGCAAGUGCCCUCAUCCAUCGUGGAGUUGGUCGAUGACCACCAUGGCUCUGGAGGGGGACAGACUGUGAGGUGCUUAGCGGAAGGCACACCUCUUCCCGACAUCGAGUGGAUGAUUUGCAAGGAUAUUAAGAAAUGUAACAAUGAGACUUCCUGGACAGUUUUGGCCAACAACGUCUCAAAUAUCAUCACAGAGAUCCACCCCCGGGGCAGGAGCAUGACGGAAGGCCGUGUGACCUUCUCGAAAGUGGAGGAGACCAUUGCAGUGCGGUGCCUGGCGAGGAAUGUCCUGGGCACUAGGAACCGAGAGCUGAAGCUCGUGGCGCCCACCCUGCGCUCUGAACUCACGGUGGCUGCCGCAGUCUUGGUGCUCCUGGUCAUCGUGAUCAUCUCCCUCAUUGUCCUCGUUGUCAUUUGGAAGCAGAAACCAAGGUAUGAAAUUCGCUGGCGGGUCAUUGAGUCCAUCAGUCCUGACGGACAUGAGUAUAUUUACGUGGACCCGAUGCAACUGCCUUAUGACUCGAGAUGGGAGUUCCCGAGAGAUGGGCUGGUACUGGGUCGGAUCUUGGGAUCUGGUGCAUUCGGGAAAGUGGUUGAAGGAACAGCCUACGGGCUAAGCCGGUCGCAGCCUGUCAUGAAGGUGGCUGUGAAGAUGCUCAAACCCACAGCGAGAUCCAGCGAGAAACAAGCCCUCAUGUCUGAGCUGAAGAUAAUGACUCACCUGGGCCCGCACUUAAACGUCGUGAACCUGCUGGGGGCCUGUACCAAGUCAGGCCCCAUUUAUAUCAUCACUGAGUACUGCUUCUAUGGGGAUCUGGUGAACUAUUUGCAUAAGAAUAGAGAUAGCUUCCUGAGUCACCACCCAGAGAAACCCAAGAAAGAGCUGGACAUCUUUGGAUUGAACCCUGCCGAUGAAAGUACGAGGAGUUACGUCAUCUUAUCUUUUGAAAACAACGGUGACUACAUGGACAUGAAGCAAGCCGACACCACACAGUAUGUCCCCAUGCUCGAGAGGAAAGAUGUUUCUAAAUAUUCAGACAUCCAGAGAUCACUGUACGAUCGUCCAGCCUCCUAUAAGAAGAAAUCCAUGCUAGAUUCCGAAGUGAAAAACCUCCUUUCGGACGAUAACUCAGAAGGCCUUACUCUGUUGGAUUUGUUGAGUUUCACCUACCAAGUUGCCAGAGGAAUGGAGUUUCUGGCUUCAAAAAACUGUGUCCACCGGGACCUGGCUGCUAGAAACGUCCUCCUGGCGCAGGGGAAAAUUGUGAAGAUCUGUGACUUUGGCCUGGCUAGAGACAUCAUGCAUGAUUCAAACUACGUGUCCAAAGGCAGCACCUUCCUGCCCGUGAAGUGGAUGGCCCCGGAGAGCAUCUUUGACAACCUCUACACCACCCUGAGCGACGUCUGGUCGUACGGGAUUCUGCUGUGGGAGAUCUUUUCUCUUGGUGGCACACCAUACCCUGGCAUGAUGGUAGAUUCUACUUUCUACAAUAAGAUCAAGAGUGGGUACCGGAUGGCCAAGCCUGACCACGCCACCAGUGAAGUCUACGAGAUCAUGGUUCAGUGCUGGAACAGUGAGCCUGAGAAGAGACCCUCCUUCUACCACCUAAGUGAGAUUGUGGAGAAUCUGCUGCCUGGGCAAUAUAAGAAGAGUUAUGAAAAGAUUCAUCUGGACUUCCUGAAGAGUGACCAUCCGGCUGUGGCGCGCAUGCGCGUGGACUCGGACAACGCGUACAUUGGUGUCACCUACAAAAACGAAGGCGACGAGCCGAAGGACUGGGAAGGUGGCCUGGACGAGCAGAGACUGAGCGCGGACAGUGGCUACAUCAUCCCUCUGCCUGACAUCGACCCCGUUCCGGAGGAGGAGGAGGAGGAUGAGGAGGAAGACUUGGGCAAGAGAAACAGACACAGCUCGCAGACCUCCGAAGAGAGUGCCAUUGAGACGGGCUCCAGCAGUUCCACGUUCAUCAAGAGAGAGGACGAGACCAUCGAGGACAUCGACAUGAUGGAUGACAUUGGCAUAGACUCCUCAGACCUGGUGGAGGACAGCUUUCUGUAACUGGCAGGCUCAAAGGGCACCUUCCAGGUCCUGGAUCCAAAGGUGGGUCCCUUGAAGAAAACCACUUCGUCGCAACGCAGCGGCUGAGAGGAGGACUUGGGUGAUGCGUAAGGAGCAGCGAGGCUCUAGCUGUGAAUGCAUGGAGACUUUGACACGAGCCCUGCCCGCCUGGCCCGUCGCAGCGCAUCAGUGGCAUCUCAGCGGCGCGGGAGGUUCGCAAACGGAGGGGCCAGGGCGUGCUAGGUCACCGAGGACGAGCUGGCAGUUUCAGGGCGCUGGUGAGGUCCCCCGCACACGGCGUCUGUCCUGCAGCGUACGACUCCAGCAUUGUAAUUAUGUAAAAUAACCCCAGCCAAGGAUGUGUCUGCCUCAACUCUCCUCUCGGGACAUCUGAAGAGACCACUCCAUCCAUCCACGUACACCUGUGUCACCUGCUGUUGAAUCCUCUUAGGAAGUGUCGUGCCAAGCCACUUGAACCUUAAAAGGUACCGGUCCCCUCACAUUUAGAGCUUGAUUAGUGCUGAACAGAGAAAAGGUAACUAACCCACCUGUUAACCCAUUCGGGUCUUGCAGAAGCCCAACAACUCCUUUUCCUAUGUAAUCUACGUUUAUAACACUACUACUGUUAUCAGUGAUGCUAAAUAUGUAACAUGUAACAUGAUUUCCCUCCAGUGGAAGCACAAUUUACAAGAAAACCAUACUAAGUAGGUAAUAAUUUUGACAGUUUUUUUGACAUUUAUAUCAAAUAACAUGUUUCUCUGUAAAAAAUAUGCUAGCUUUAGAGGAUUGAAUUUAGUGAGCAUAGAGAGAGAGUAGCAUUGUCCAGAAAGUCAAAGUUUUAAUUGUUUACUAAAUAGAUUCUCUAAUCCAAGGUACUAAAAGCAGUUAAUGACCUCUGAAGUUUUAGUGUAUUAGAGGCAAGCAAAGAGCACCCCCCCCCCAAAUCCUAAAUAUUGUCCAACAUAAAGGCAUAAAUAAGCUUGGACCCAAUGUGACUUCUCAUGCUGUGACCCUGUGGAAACAAAGUCAGGAAAAAAAAGAAAAAAGGAUGGACAGAUUUUUUUUUUUUUUCAUGACCAAUGACAAUUUUGGUGGAUCCCACCCUGUGUAUAUUUUAAAUGGAUGAACUUUAAAGAUGUCUUUUAAUGCCAGAAACUUUUUUUCCCUCUCUUACCUGAAAGAGAUAGGAGUUGGAAAGCCCGAGACCACAAGGGUGCUGUUAAGGGAAGGCUGGGUGAGGGUUAACCUCUCUUGUUGCUAGUCACCUGGCCACUGGAAUCACUGGAUCCUGGGUUGAUGCUAAUCAAGACACUGAGCAAUGAAAUCUGAGGGAUGCAAAAGUAUAUAUUGUCCUUUUUUUUUUGAGGUAGGGUCUCAUUCUAGCCUAGACUGACCUGAAACUCACUCUGUACCCGAACCGCCCAAGUGUUUGGACUAAAGGAGGGUCAGCUUUUCAAAAACACUGGCAGAGGUUACAGAAGGUUGCCAUGGGCAAAGCUCAAUUUGAAAUUUGGAAGUGGGCUGAAAUCAACCCUGUGGGAACCUACUAUUUAAGUCUUGGCUUCAGGUCAGUGGCAUUUAAUGCCAUCCAUCUAGCAAUUGCCAACCUAAAUUUAACUUUCCCGUCUUAGCUGAGGCUAAGCACAAUCUCAGAAAGUAAAAUCUUGGGUGUUGGCACAUUUUCCGGAAAGUUCGAGACAACAUUGACACUGCUUCCCACUCCAUGGGGAAACUGAACCUGCCCUUCUUUGUGGAAAAGCGUGCACAGAAAUGCUGCCGUCCCCACGUGCCAGGUGGGGAUUUGGAUUUAAAAGAUGAAAAAGUUUUUCCUGAUUUUUUUUUUUUUUUUGGAGGUUCAGAUGUGAGGAUUGUCACAUCCAGCCAAGCUGUCAAACUGGUUGGUGUGGGUUCAUUGCCAUUCUUUGCAAUGUACCCAAACUGCUGACACCCUAUGAAUGAAACAUGGACUUUGAUUACCGUAAUCACCAGAUGUGCUUCUGGCAGGUGAUGCUUUAAAAGAUGCAGAGGGAAUAACAAGGUGCCUGACUACCUACCGACGCCAUCUCCACACGAGCCCCCUUCCUUUCCCAGACUCCUUUGUCACGAGGGAAGCCUGAGCCAGACUGGCCAAUUACCCAUGGAAACCUUGACCAGGUUCUGUGGAGCCAGUUAGACUUGAAAUACAUUUGUGUUUCUACAAUCACAGCUCAAGCGUUCUGCGUAUCGCAUUGCAUUCUGAUGUUGUCACGGGCGUUGGGUGACGUUGCAAGGCUGAGCGAAGCUUCCCUGAUCAGCAGUUUCCAGCCUAUGACAAUGCUUUCCCCCAAGUGUUUUGAGUGGAUCCCACAGCCAUUUCCUUACUGGCCUCCUACAAAGUCCCCUCAACAACAACAACAACAACAAAAAUAGUUGCCAAUCUUUUCCUAUUUUUUUUUUUUUCAUGAUGACAAUCAAACCCGGUCUGAGAAAUGCAAUUUGUGGCUUUAUCAAUGAUCAAGGAUGUCCUUUAAAAUGUGGUGUGUGAGCCUGUACAAAAUGGUCCUAUUUUUAUGAAGAGGGACGUGAGGUAAAAUGAUGUUAUACAUCAAUAUGUAUAUAUGUAUUUCUAUGUAGACUUGGAGAAUACUGCGAAAACAUUUAUGACAAGCUAUAUCACUGCCUUUGUUUAUAUUUUUGAACUGUGAUGUUCCCCACAGGCACAUUAACUGUUGCACUUUUUGAAUGUCCAAAAUUUAUAUUUUAGAAAUAAUAAAGAGAAAAAAUACAUGUUCCCAGCAUGGUGGUGUGAUGAAUGUGUGAGAGGAACCAAUUCCACAGGGAGGGUCUACCAAUAUCAAAUGUGUUACACAUAUCCCUGUUCAUGUUUUUAUUUUAAAACAUGUAAAUGAAGAUCUUUAUAUUUCAAUAAAUGAUAUAUUAUAUAUAUAAUUUAAAGUUA